CAAAAGGAUAGUUAUGGUAUAUUAUAUUUAUUGAUUUUGCAUAUGAUUAAGGAAUAAAUAGCUGGAAAAUUUCCAACACAGCACAUAACAUUAAUACCUCCGGUUCGGGAUUACAAGGAAGCUCCCCAAAUCGGAACUUUUAGGAUCUACCACAUAGCUCGGCUGGAACCUUGCGCAACUCUUGUGAGACCGAAUUUGUGGUCUCAUCGGCAUACGUGCAUAUUCCUACGGAGAAACAGCUAGCUAGGCAUUGUGGUAACACUCUGGCUUCCACUUGCUUUAUUCCAGCUUCAUAAUCGACCGCAAAGCCAACAUCAGACAAUGUCGACCAAGCACUUCUUCAACGACCCCACCCACCUCGUCAAUAGUGCUCUCCUGGCAGCCUCUCUCACCAACCCUGCACUCGCUGUCGACUCGCACCACAAAAUCGUCUACCUGCGUCCCUCCGAUGCUCCCUCCCAAGUCUCCCUCGUCUCUGGUGGCGGCUCCGGACAUGAGCCCUCCUUCACUGGGCUCGUUGGCCAGGGCCUGCUAACUGCGUCCGUCGCGGGCACGAUCUUCGCCUCGCCAUCUGCCGAGCAGAUCAGCGCUGGCAUAGUGGCGCGCGUUGACACAGACAGGGGCGUGCUUGCCAUUAUCAUGAAUUACACGGGCGAUGUCCUGAAUUUCGGGAUGGCGGUCGAGAAGGCCAAGUCUGCUGGCGUGAAGGUCGAUAUGGUGGUCGUGGGAGAUGAUGUUGGUGUUGGGAGGGCUAAGUCUGGGAAGGUGGGCAGGAGAGGAAUUGCGGGGACGGUGUUGGUUGUUAAGAUUGCGGGCGCGUUGGCGGAGUUGGGUUAUAGCUUGGAGGAUGUGACGAAGAUUGCGAAUCUGACGGCCGAGAACCUCGUGAGCGUCGGCGCCAGUUUGGAUCACGUCCAUGUCCCCGGCCGCGAGUUAGUUGACCAAAAUGACUCCGACCGCCUGAAGUACGAAGAAACCGAAGUCGGGAUGGGAAUCCAUAACGAGGCUGGCUCUGCACGUUUGUCCGUCACGCUCGGAGAGCUGGUCACGACGAUGUUAAAGCAACUUCUCGACCAGAGCGACAAGGACCGUGCCUAUCUCAAGGUCAACUCCAAGGAAGUCGUCCUCCUAGUCAACAACCUCGGUGGCGUGAGCCCCCUAGAAAUGGGUGGCAUCAUAAGCGAAGUCGCUGCUCAACUUCGACGCAAUUACCAGAUCGAGCCAUGCCGCAUCCUCGCCGGGACAUAUAUGACCAGCCUCAACGGCCCAGGCUUCAGCAUCACGCUUCUGAACACCGUUCCCACCAGCCUUCCACCUACCCUCCUCUCCCUUCUUGACGCCCCCAGCCAAGCCACGGGUUGGGCAGCCCCAAUCCUCGCUAAAACCUGGACCGCAGAUAACACUGCCACGCGCGAGAAGCCGCAUCAGACCGCCUCCGCUGCUCAACCCACCGGACUAACCAUGGACGAGGUCUCCGCGCGGCACCGCCUCAACGCCGGCCUCGCGCGCAUCAUCGCUGCUGAGCCGCGUGUUACGCGUUACGACACUGUCGUCGGUGACGGUGACUGCGGCAUCGGACUCAAGCGCGGUGCAGAGGCUGUGCAGGCCAUGCUGUCGCGUGCACAGCCGUCCGGCGACGUCGUGGUUGAUGUGCGGUCCGUGGCGGCUGUGGUGGAGGCGAGCAUGGACGGGACGUCUGGUGCGCUUUACACAAUUUUCCUGAACGCGCUGGUAGCGGCCCUGAGGAUGCAGGGGAAGGGUGUGGCGACAGAGCAGGUGUGGGCGAAGGCGUUGGGAGAGGCGUUGUUGGCGCUCGAGAGAUAUACGCCUGCUAAGCCCGGGGACAGGACGUUGGUGGAUGCGUUGGAGCCGUUUGUGGUUACGCUUGGCGAGACGGCGGAUUUGAAGAAGGCGGCGGAGGCGGCGAAGAAGGGGGCGGAGGGGACGAGGGGUAUGGAGGCCAGUUUGGGGAGGACGGUGUAUGUUGGCGGACAGGGGUUCAAGGAUGUGCCUGACCCAGGAGCCUACGGACUGAGUGAGUUUUUCCUUGGAUUGGCGGGGAUAGAGGAAGAGACGGAUGGGGGGGAGGCGUAGGAUGCUGCUUGAAUAGUUUGGUUAGUUCCCGUAUUGUGGGAUGAUCUUUCUGGUUAGAUAUACGGGGACCUCGUUCACAGGGGCGAGGGAGGAUCUUAAUUGUCAUGGACU